GAAAUGGUCGCACCAGUUCUCUAAAAUUACUGGGCAGGCGACCAAUAUAAAAGCCAGUUUAAGAGAGGGACACAGCACAAGCUGUAAAACCAAAGAGAGAAGGCAAGAGACACACAAAGAGUGCCAAGAUGAGUUUGAGUUGUGCGUUGAAGGCCGCUCCUAUUUUGUUCUUGAUGUUCCUUUUGACCUUCGUUUAUGCGAAGUCCCGCGAUGUGACUGAGUUGCAGAUUGGUGUUAAGUAUAAGCCAGAGUCUUGUGACAUUCAGGCUCGCAAAGGUGAUAGAGUCAAAGUACACUAUCGAGGAACACUCACAGAUGGAACUGUUUUUGAUUCUAGUUUUGAAAGGGACUCCCCAAUUGAGUUUGAGCUUGGAACUGGUCAAGUAAUAAAAGGGUGGGACCAAGGGUUGCUGGGAGCAUGUGUAGGUGAGAAGCGGAAGUUGAAAAUACCUUCAAAACUUGGUUAUGGGGACCAAGGUUCCCCACCAACCAUCCCAGGUGGUGCAACUUUAAUAUUUGAAACGGAGCUUGUUGCAGUGAAUGGGAAACCAAGUGGAGGAAAAACAGAUGAUACUGAUGAGCUGUAGACAGAGGAAUGGUUUCUGUCUUUGACCCUCUUUUAUCCAAACGUUUUAUGUGACCCUGCUAUCUUCAAACAGUGAUUUUACUUUCAGACCGUAGAAAACAUUUGGUUUUGAAUCUUAAAAAUGAGUACAGGGUGUCUCUGUAUUUGUAUUUUGAAUUAGAAUAUUUAUAAUGCAAGUCUUUUCAUUUUCUCUUA